AUGGCAUCCUCGGAACGUUGUAGUAGUGCCAAUGUGUUGGACACCCGCGAGACGUACCUCGCAAGCUCCAGAGAAAACGACGCACUGCGGGAAAGAAUGCUAACUUGGGAUAACGAAAAACAGCAAGAGCAACAAAACAAAACGUCGUUGGAAAACAAAAAAAAUAUGAGCAUAAUUCAUAUUCACAAAUUUAUUAACAAGUUAAAAAAUGCAACUGCAGCCAACCUAGAACAAAGCUACCUCCAGACAUUGCUCGAGGAUAUUAAGCACUUGAAUAUCUCCAAGUAUCUGAGCGAGAUAUUUAAUUCUUUGUUGAAUUUAAUUAAUCAUGUGAACAAGUACACUGAUCUAUUCGUUUUUAUUAACUUCAUACGAUAUGUGCACGACAAUUACGAGCACGUGAGUGAACACAUUGAAAGGACUGUGUUUGCAACAUUUUUUCGGCUGGACGAGGAAGACAAAAAUUAUUUCUUUCUCGUCUUUUACGAAUUGUAUAAUAAUGUUAGUGAGUCUAGCUUCUGUUCCAACUACACAUUUUGUCCGUUGACCAGUGAGAGUGGGGCCACCAGCUCGGUGAACAACUCUAGUACCGACUCGGGAGAUAAUACAGGGGUGGUGAGUGGUACUAUGGCUGCAAGUGAAAAGUCCAUUUCAAAUGGAGAUGGGAAGACGUGUGAUAGGCUGGUGCAACAACUGAAAGAGUUGCGGAAUUUUCAAAAGGCGAAAGCCAUGGCGAUGAAAAACCUGCACACGCACAUGUGCAAGGAGGGGACACAAACGGACUCAUUUGUUCUCGAGCACGACCUAUUCGCGAAUGAAGGAAAGGAGACAAAGGGAUGGAAGAGUAACCAAGCAGACCAAAAGGCAUACAUAAAGGAAAUGUUGAACGACCCAAAUCUCUUAAAAAAAAUAAUAAAAAAGAAUAAAAAAAGGAAAAUACUUUUGUGCUUGUACUUGGAAUUGGUGCUACACGGCAUUUGCAAGAAUAGGGACCUCCUAACGUAUAUGUUUAUGAACAUAUCAUUUUUCUUCACUUUAAUUUUGGACUCACAAGUGGGUGAUAAAGACAGGAUUGGCUUGGCUUCAUCGCCGCAAGAAAAGCGCGACGUGAAUCCUUACGCCACAAGAUCAGAUGUGCUGCGCUCUGUGAAGAAGCACCUGGCCGUCAGUACGGUGGUGACGUACGACUACGUCUUUGCAAAUGCGGGCACGCUCUUCGUUGGGGGCGGUACCGGCAACACUGCUGCAGAAAGCGAUAACGGUGGUGGCGGCGUCAUCGCUAAUGCUCCUUCCGAAGGUAACGUCGCCAACGCAGCAAAUGGGGCGAACGACGCUAACGCGGAAAACGCCGCUUCGCUCUCCACGCUCCGACUAGGCGAGGUGAAGAACCACGUGGCGAAUUUCCUUCACGUGUUCUACCACAGCAGCAUGGUGAACCUGCUGGUGUACCUCUACGGAGAGCACCUCAUCAACGAGUACAGCAUGGGUAUGAAGAAGAGUCCUUGCCAGACGGAGGACUGUGACUUUUUUAGUGUGUACGACAAGUGCGAGAAAUUGUGUUGCUACUUAGGGUUGGAGGUGCCCAGCUUGGACGCGAUACAAAUUGUGUGCAUUGAAAUGCUGGGCAUGAAGGACGCCAGCGUGAAGCACAUAAAGCUAUUUGACAAAAUGAAAAAUAAUAGCAGGAAGGAUAAGGACGGGCCAGGUGAUGAGUCGAUUUGCCUUUGGGCCAAUGAACAGGAGAAGGCCUUUUACACGAAAUUCCCCGAUUACUCCAACAUCAACAUUGCCCUGAAUGAAGACGAGGAGGACACCAGCAUUGCGAGUGUGAGUUGUGCUUCUAACACGGUGAACGCCGCUAAUACGGUGAACGCUGCUAACACGGUGAACGCCGCUAAUACGGCGGCCACGCGGAAGGACCCCAAGAAGGGGUUCCCGAAGUACCUGGAGAAGCUGCUACACAUGAACAGCGAGAAGGAGCUGGAGGACCACGUGAUGACCUUCCUGUUGAACUACAACACGAAGAGGAAGCGAAAGCUCGUGGCAAGCAGCAUCACACACAUCAACCAAGUGGUACUGAACUUGAUCCCCUUCUAUUGCCGGUACGUAGCUAUUAUAAACGUGUACAGGAAGGACAUGGCAGUGACCAUAAUUGAGGAGGUAAAGAGAAUAACAGAAAAAUUAAUUAAAGAAAAACUUCCUUGCCAAAAUAAAAAGACCAAGUGCAUAAAAUAUAUUUGUGAGCUAGCCAAAUUUAAGCUCCUAGACAUAACGUACAUUUUAGACGUCCUACAUUUGCUGAAUGAAAAUUUUACAUCUGAUCAUGCGGAGCUGUCCCUAUACAUUUUGGAGAAUUGUUCUCUCCUGCUAAUUAACAACUCAAAGACACACAUACGCUUUAUAAAUCUGUUACAAAAGAUAAAAAAAAUGAAAAGUUCGAAGAAUUUCUCCACAUCAUUUGAUCUACUGUUCGAAGAAUGUUGCAUCAAAAUAGAGCAAGAAUUUGAUCCACAAAAAAAAAAUUUUAAAAAAAAUAAAGCCAAAUCCAAAUAUUCAGAAGAAAAUUUAAAAAAAAAAAAUUUUUUAAAAAAACUCCUCUUUUAUGACAUUGAAAAAAAUUCUCUUGAAGAGAUAAGCAUGCACAUGAGGAAGUUCAAUUGGGAUGAUCAGUUUUUUACCUGUUUGUUCAGGAAAUAUAUUUUUAAAUUUUUAAUUUAUAUGAGCAUUUACCAAAUUAGUAACUUGGCUUCUCUGUUAUUUUAUAUAGCCAUGCACAGACCUUACUUCGUCACACAAAUUAUUGAUGAGCUGUAUGAGCGCAUCGUACACAUAGUGGAGAGGAAUGAUUUUAAAAAGUUUACUUUACUCAUUCAGUAUGCGCAUUUAUUUUCAGAGCUUUUUAUUUAUAAAAUACUUAGUUCGAGCAGUGUACUCGACAUGCUAUAUUUUUUAGUUUCGCUCUCUGAGGCGGACAUGGCAAACUUCCACCACGUGUCUAACAUCCAUCGGCUUUUUCACGAAAAUCGGCUGACCGCUCUUGGGGGACGAAAAAACCCUGUGGAGAGCAAACCGGGAAAUGGCCCUUUUGAGGAAGGCGAACAUUUCUCCUUCGAGGAGUACGAAAAUCCUUUUCACAAAUUUCUUUUCAUCAAUAGACGCAGCCCAGUGUUCCGCAACCUGCUGCAGGACCCAGACUGUAGCAGCUUCAUUAACAUUAAAAUGGUUUGUAUAAUCCUUGAACGAUGUGGAAGGUAUUUUCAGAAUGCCCCCCUAUUGAAAUUCAAAUUAACAAAAUUCCUUUUAAUUUUUAUUAGAUUUUUACGUGUGCAGGAACCCCUCCCUGUGUAUAUUACCGACUUAACAAAUAACAUCAUUGAUGUGCUGUGCAAGGACAUGCGCGUGUUGAAGACGGUUCAACUGGUCGACAAGUACCUGUUCAGACUGCUAAGGUGUGAGUAUAGAGUAUACCUGAGCGUUACCGGAAGAGGUGCAGGUGUUGCCGAGGGGGAAGUUGCUACGCGGGACAACUCCUCCCGUUUUGUCACCGAACAACAAUUAACCUUUCGACUCGACGCAGAAGAUGCUGCUGCAAUGCAACAAAACGACGUAGGCCGUGAGAAGAUGAGGGGGGGAUACGCCCAUGGGGGUAGAAGUGGGUGGCAAGCCAAAUCGGGUGAGUACACGUACGGAGGUACCUACCGAGAUCGCUACGGAGCACCCUACCAAGAUUACCAUCGAGAUGGUCUCAGAGGCACGCAAGUGCGGGGCAUUACAGCAGACGCAGAGGACCGUGUGUGCAAGGAGAAGGACCUGCACAACAGCCACCGCAAAGAGCAGGACGCCAUUGCCAAUGAAGAUAUUGAUGAAGAAAUUAACGCUAUAAUUAAAUCAUCCAUUGUGGAAAAUAGGUCUUGUCACAGCAGGAGGGAUGCCCCGCGGAACAUUAAGAACGCCACGCUCUACGACAAGCUGCUUGGCAGAGCGGGCAAACCGAUUGGUGUGAAGUGUGCCAAAUGA